UGACCUUGUGCAACGUCCAGUAGUAUAGGGGCACGUCGGGCUUUCGGACUCAGAUAUUACACAAGUAUUGGAUUCCGAGACUGCAUUCCGAGCCUCUUGCGUCUGAAACCGUCAGCGUUCCCAAACAUCAUGGCAGCCAACACGAUUCUCAAGGGCAAAGCGGCCCUUGUUACUGGAUCGACGCAAGGAAUUGGUCUGGCGAUGCUCAAAGCGCUCGCGUCAGCUGGUUGUAACGUGACUAUGCAUGGGAUACCAAAUGACAUGGAGAAGAUUCAGAGAUUGUGUAAACAGAUUGCCAAGGAUAACAGUGUAGAAGUUACAUACUCCGACGCGAACCUGCUAAACCCCGGGCAAAUUCGCGACAUGGUGCGGGAAAGUCACUCAGCCUUCGGCAGACUCGACAUUCUCGUGAACAACGCCGGCAUCCAGCACGUUGCGCCCGUACAUGAACUGCCCGACGACAAGUGGGAUGCUAUCAUCGGCGUGUGCCUGUCUGCAACUUUCCACGCCACCAAGGCCGCGCUCCCGUACAUGCUUGAGCAGGGCUGGGGCCGCAUCAUUAACACUGGCUCCAUGCACGCGCUGGUGGCGUCGCCCUUCAAGUCCGCUUACAACGCAGCCAAGCAUGGCGUGGCUGGCUUUACCAAGACGGUGGCGCUGGAGGUGGCCACAAAGAAUGUGACAGUAAACGCCAUAUGCCCCGGUUACACCGACACGGACCUGGUGCGGAACCAGAUCGCCGACACUGCUCGCAUCCGCGGUAUCCCAGUGGAGAGCGUCAUUCGGGAUGUGCUGCUCGCAGACCAACCCUCAAAAAAGUUUGUCAAACCCGAGGACAUUGGCGCCCUUGUGGUGCACCUGUGUGGGCCCCACUCGGACUCGUUCACGGGUGCUUGUCUGUCCAUUGACGGCGGCUGGGUGGCCCGCUAAGGAAGCAGCAGAGCGCCUUCAAGGAGUAUGGGACGGUAGUGGCAGGGGGUGGCUAUCUGGGCUAUGUGGCUGUCUUAGCUGGGGGGUGUUAUGUAACUGGUGGUGUGAGGCUGAGGCUGUGUAGGACGGCGAGCGCCAUGGUGAGGCGGUGAUGGUGCUGUUGGUGCGGCGGCUGCGAUGGCCGCAGUGGCUGACUGCUGUCAUUACUGUUGCAGCUGCUGCUGCUGCUGCACUGCCAUGUGAAGGUGUCUAGUGUCCCAUGCUGUACGGGAGCUUAUACGAGACGGUGUUGCUUGAAUGUGGUAAUGGGAGUCAGGAGAGGGGCCCGGAGGCGGCCCAACGUUGAGCGGCGAGGAUGAGGUUCCCCGUGGGGCGUUUCGGGGGUGCACCGGUUCGUGUUUACUGGAGAGGCUUUGGCAGGAAGGCCUGCCUGGAGCGGAAGGGCAUCGACCCGCGUGCAAUGCAGCGGUGGCGCCGUAAACCUCCUUUUUCAUACGAAGAUGGCGAUAAACGUUAUCCAUAUGCAAUAAAGGAUUACCAUG